GUACAAUCAUGUAUGAAGUAGGUCAUAAACUUGAAGAGUUCAGUACAAGUCUCUCUGAAGUGCUACUUUCUCUCAUAUUAUUGGACGAUUUUGCUUGAACAUUUGCGCCCAAUCUCUCAUCUCUCAAUCUGUUGAAUUCGUAUCGCCUUGAGUAUAAACCAAUCGUAAAUAUGCCUUCUCAAUCUGGCUGGAGGUGUCUCGACAUCGCCAUAGUAGGCGGUGGUAUCGGUGGUCUGGCCGCAGCAAUUGCUCUUCGACGAGCGGGCCACAAAGUCACCGUCUAUGAACGAGCUGAUUAUGCUAGAGAAGUAGGUGCAUCGGUGUCCUGUGCAGCCAACGGAACUAGAUGGCUUCAUGAAUGGGGAGUUGAUGUUCCGAAGGGUGACCCUGUGGUGUUGAGGAAGCUCAUUCGACGGGAUUGGAAGACUGGCCAGCCGGAUUUAGUGUAUGACUAUGGGGAGAGAUGGGGACAUGUGUACAACAUGUUUCAUAGGCAGUACAUACAUGCAAUUCUGAUGGAAAGCGCAGUUGGUGAAGAAGGAGAAGGAAUUCCUGCCAAACUUAUUGUUAACCACCAGUGCUCUGAAAUCGACCUCGAAACGGGCAAGAUCACACUCGCCAAUGGCAAUACAGCGACUCACGAAGUUGUGAUUGGAGCUGACGGCAUUGGUUCUAAGGUCCGCACUCUUAUUGGAGUCACUCCCGAACGGAGAGCAGCUGAUGCCAGCUGUCUGCAUGCGAACGUCGACACAGCAGAAGCAGUAAAGCUUGGUUUAGUUGACUACUCCCAGAAUAGCGCACUUGAGUAUUGGGGUGGCCUCGAUACCCACUGCAAGAUUGUGUUAUCGCCAUGCAAUGGAGGCAGCUUACUGUCUUACUACUGCUUUUUCCCGAGAGAGAAGGGUGAUUACAGUAGUCAGAACUGGAAUGCCGAGUCUACGGUGGAAGAACUUCUUGCUCCAUUCCCGGACCUAGAUCCUCAAGUUUACAAGCAUCUGUCUAUUGGGAAGGAUGUCAGGCCAUGGAGAUUAUGGAUUCAUGAACCGUAUCCUUGGUGGCAUAAAGGAGUUGCCUGUAUCAUGGGAGACGCAGCUCAUCCGAUGAUGCCAGACCAAAGUCAAGGAGCUUGUAUGGCAAUCGAGGAUGCAUCUUGCUUGGGUAUCGUGUUCAGCAAAAAGUUCUUCAAUGGAGACAUUUCCGAAUCUCUUCAGACUUAUGAGGUGGUAAGAAAGCCUCGAGCGACUAGAGUGCAGGCUGCGGCGGCAAAGGCAAGAGAAAACAUCAAUGAGGGGAUAGGCUUUUCAAGCAACACAGACUCCGCAGUGUACAAAGUGUCGAAUGAAGAGGAGAAAUUGACGAUCGAGGAGAUGAACGCUUACGACAUGCAUGAAGAUGUAGCAAAGAAGUUUUGUUAUAGAUUCUGGUGAAGGGCGAGAAGUUACCAAGGGUAGAGAAUGUUGGAAAUAUAAUUAUUUGUUUCUGCUAUCAAGCUUGUACUAGAG